AGGUUUUCAGAAGCUCAGCAGCUCUGAGCUCCUUCAUCCUUACAAGUGGAACAAGUGCUUUGUUAUUUUAUUUUUGGAUAUUUUUAUUGUUUGUGUCUAAACUGCGGGAUUUUUGUCAGAUGAUUUGGAUUUAAACCGAUAAAGUGGAGCUGGACUUCAAAGAUGCUGCUGCUGCUGCUGCUGAUAUGUCUCUGCUGCUCAGGUGUGGGUGGAGCCUCGGAGCUGGCCUUCCUGCAGGAGCCCAGUGACGUCAUUGCAGUGAGAGACCGACCUUUGAUGCUGGACUGCCAGGUAGAGGGGGAGGGGCCUAUCUCCAUCACCUGGAGACGGAACAGCGUUCCCGUGGCAACCGGUGUCAAAGCGACUGUGCUCAGUAAUGGAACGCUGCUGAUCAGAAACUUUUCCAAGAGACGAGAACAAAACGAGACGGAUGCAGGAGAGUACGAAUGCGCUGCUCAGAACCGCUACGGCAUGUUGAUCAGCCGCAAGGCUCGGGUCCAGCUCGCAUCCUUACCCAAAUUCCUGUCCCACCCCGACUCUGUCGCCGUCGAUGAAGGAGGCGUGGCCAGACUCACCUGCCAGGUACACGGGAUCCCAGAGGCCAACAUCACCUGGCAGAAGGACAGGCGCCCACUGAGAACGGAUGACCCCAGGUACACGCUGCUUCCUAACGGCGUGCUGCAGGUCACCGGCGUGCAGCGAGCAGACAGCGGCUUGUUUCGCUGCGUCGCCUCCAACAUUGCCAACACUCGGUUCAGCCACGAGGCUCAGCUGUCUGUCAACGUUGCAGGAUCCAGAAUCUACCGUGAGCCCGUCAUCCUGUCUGGCCCUCAGAACCUGACCAUCAACAUCCACCAGACCGCCAUCUUGGAGUGCAUUGCCACCGGAAACCCCCGGCCCAUCGUGUCCUGGAGCCGCCUUGAUGGCCGCUCUAUCGGGGUGGAGGGGGUCCAGGUUCUGGGAACAGGGAACCUGAUGAUUUCUGACGCGACUCUGCAGCAUUCAGGAGUUUAUGUGUGUUCUGCAAACAGACCAGGCAGCAGGUCCAGAAGAACCGCGCUCGGCCGACUCGUGGUACAAGCUCCUCCAGAGUUCGUGCAGUGGCCUCAGUCUGUGUCCAGAGCAGCAGGAGGCAGCGCUGUGUUCAGCUGCACGGCGUCCGGCGUCCCGGAGCCGCACCUCAUCUGGCUGAAGAACGGCAAACUGCUGAUGCCCAGCAACAACGUCAGGCUCACCAACGCAAACACGACUCUCGCCGUCACCCGCAUCACCCCCGAGGACGAGGCCAUCUAUCAGUGCAUUGCCGAGAACAGCGCCGGCACCAACCAGGCCAGCGCGCGCCUCGCCAUCAGCCAGGGGCCCGAGCUGCCGGAGGCCCCCACCGGGCUUCAGGCCACGGCCCUCAGCUCCAGCAGCCUCCAGCUGACGUGGGAGCAGCCAGCGGAGCACGUGGGCCAGCAGAUCAUCGGCUACGUGCUGCACAUCAGGCGGCUGGGGGAGCUCGACAGUGCAGAACUGCAGGAAGCCGUCAGUAAAACAACCUUCAGACACAAGUUUGAGAACCUGGAGCCGGCCACAACCUACAGCAUCUACCUGAGGGCCUACUCUGCCCUGGGAGGCAGCCAGCAGUCCAGCACCAUCACCAGCACCACCCUGGGGGGAGUUCCAAGUGCUCCCAGUUUCUUCACUAAAGUCCUGAACCAGACUGCCAUGCAGGUGUACUGGGAGCUGCCCAGUAAGCCAGGGAUGCUGGAGGGCUUCAGACUGGAGUACCGCGGGGUUUCCAACCCAAGCAUCCAGGGGCAGGAGACAUUCCCAGCACACAUCAACACCCACACCAUUUCCCACCUGGACGCAGCAGCAGUUUAUGAGAUCCAGCUGGUGGCCUUUAACGGAAACGGUGACAGCCUGUCGAACCAGCGCCUCGUGUCUCUGGAAGAAGGAGGGAAGCCUGCAGCAGCCGGGCCCAGCUGUAACUGUGACCAGUCCGAUGGAUCGGUGUCGACGCUGCUGAUCGGAGUUCACAGCGGCUUCGCCUGCGUCCUCUGCUGCCUGCUCUUUGUCCUGCUGGGAUACAGACGCAGUUUGUUCUGCAGGAAGCAGGUUACCUGGGAGGCUCCGCCCACUCUGAAUGUAGUGAGAGGUCCUGAAAACCACGCGCCGGAGGUCAUCGAGCUCAACCAGACAUGCGACUCCGCUCCUGCCUCAGUGAUGGUGAUGCUUGAAGCGAGUGCACCCAGCACCGGCAGCCACACCUCCUCCUCCUCCUGAAGCCCGGCCUGCGUCGCCUCCUCGCCUCCUCACAGCCCCACGCAGCCUUCAGCUUCAGGAAUGAUUGAGAAGAGCAUCUGAAACCAUUCAGGGACGAACACAUCCUCCGCGUUCACACGUCGCCUGCUCCAACUUCGAUUCACGAUGAGACUGAAACCAAAGCCCAAUUCCUCUGACUCCGUCGCUAAAGGAAGCAUUUGUCACAAACCAGUGUGGUCCAGUUCCUUUGUGCUUUCAGAUGCUGAUAAUGAAACCAAAACCUGUAUUUUCAGUUCCAUCACCAUGUGCCCUGUUUUGACUCCAUGAGGCACAGAGGAUCCGCUCUGUGAUCAUCUGAGGCUCAGCAGGUCUCAGUCUGUAGAGGAUGAGACCGCUCCUCUGCGCCGCCUUAGAUUCGCUGUGUUACCUGUGGUCUGGAUGUAGACGAGGCCGACGGCUGCCUGCCCCCCCCCUCCCCCAACACCGCUACAAGCACUACCUCCAAAGAGCUACCUCGGGCUUGGCGUGUCCUGCUGCUGCUCAAGCAAACCUACCUCCUAACCAAAAGGCCCUUAUGGGGCCCUGCUGCCAUUUCUGUGUACUGGUGCUGAUGUUGGUCGGCCGCCACCAGGAAAGUCAGAUGCUGCUCAUCAGAACCAGUGUUUGAUCUGCUCAGAUCCUCUUUGAGCCAUGACUGCUAUGGCUCAGUCCAGAUUUCCGCACUGCUGGAUACAUUGUUGUUAUAUUGUAGAUUAUAAAAUUGAAACAGGGAGUUGCUAGAAACCUGCAUUAGACAUGAUCCUCUAGAGUCCAGUGGUGGAUUCUGGGUGAUGGAGUUGAUUGAAGUAACCGAGGAAGCAGAUGUUUUCCUCCUCUGCAGAUCUAUUGCUUUCUAUAUGUGAAACAAAGGUUCGGCCACUUCAGCAAUUUCCAAAUGGUCUUUAAAACAGCUGUUUGACAUCCAAAGAUAAAUAGUUUCCUGUCUGCUUUUACUCUGCUCCCUGUUCCCAGGGCUAUAACCAACAAAACCAAAACAAGUGCCCGUGGUCAAGUUUGACACUUCAGAUUAUAUAUUUUCAUAUAUUGAACACGAAGAGCUUCAACUAUUGGAAUGAGUUGAAAUUGCCAAAUAAUGAAUAGAUGGAAACACUUUGACCCAAAGUUCAGUAAUGAUUCAGUUGUUUGUGUUCAGAGCCAGAGACUCUGUUCUGUUCGUGAUUGAAUGUCUUUACAGCUUCCGCCUCUAAAACUGAUGAUGACCCUGAGACGCUGAGCGGAUCUCACAUGAUCCUUACUAGAACCUUCUGAGUGUAGAUGCCUCAUUGAAGAAGCUUUACUGAUGAGGUGACGCUCGAAUAGACCCACAUAUUAAAGAAACCACGAGGCCACGUUUAGUUAUGGGGUUCAUUUGAGUCCAGUGCUCAUUUCAGCCGAGUCCGUUACCAGAAUAAAACCCAGAAUAACCAACUGCUUCAGGCUGCGACGUGGUUAUUCUGUUAUCUGCGCAGUCGACUCAGCAUGACGUUAGUGGCGUCGGGGCUUCAGUUGCAUCAGGCAGUGUCAUUGUGAUUCUCCUUAGGGUCAAAGGUCAUCAUCAGUUUGGAGCUAUUCACUAUCUUCACUUUGAACCAAGUGUUUGUGAAAUUUAAACCAGAACAAAGUGAAAUUUAAAAAAAGUGUUUAGAAAAUAAUAUUGGCUGUUUUUUGUCUAAAACGUUCUUUCAGUUCUUUGUUUUUCUAAAGUUGCCGUUCGGUGACGAGAAAAUUCUGCCAAAAUAAACAUACGUAGUUUAUUGUAAUGAUAUUCUAAUUAUUCCCCCAGUUUCCCUGUUUUUAUCAUUUUUGCUCUUUGUUUUGUUGGUAGAUUUGUAGAUCAAAGUGUGUUCAGCUGAAGCUCCAGGCUCAAACGUCUAUGGCCUCGUGCUGUUCACCGCUGUAGAACCUAAAACACAAGAUGUAGAGAUAGCAACCGAAGGCUAGAACCAAUGAGAAAAGUGAGGCUUUAAUGUUACUGGUUUCUUUUCUCUUAACCUUCUAUUUUAUGAAUGUGUCUUAAAAAUAAGAAAAGCGGAGAAGCUUUAUACUGCACAGCUUCUGUUUCCAUGUGAAAUAUUUGUCUGUUCUUCUGAUGUUUAGACACAUGAAACCAAAUAAAGCUAAUGUAGAACA